AUGUCAGCCCAGCCUCCGUCUGCGUCAACAAACAACAAGCAACAUCCUCAUCUCUCUCCUGUCCAUCACACACAACCCCCGGAUGUCGGCGACUCGGCCCAAUCAUCAACUCUACCUCCAGCGCGGCGCCGACAAGCGGAAAAACUCAGAAAAACUCACAUCACCAACUUCAUCAUCAGACAUCAUCAUCAUCAUCACCAUCAUCCCAUCGGACUCAGUACACCGAGAGUUGACACCAGGCCGGGUCCCAAGUCUUUUGGUGUAAUCAAGCUCAAAGAUUUAAAAUAUGGGGAAGAAGGUGAGCAGACGCAAUCCUUUGUCUCAUCGGUGUUCGGUGUUUGCGAUUGGAGGACAAUGGUAAAGGCAAUAGAAUUCAUCAGUGUCAGGUCGAAUCCCUAGAGUCGUCCACAUUCAUUUCAGCCUGAUCAGACAGAUGGCCAUAGAAAAAAACAAAAACUAAAGCCCAUUCAAAAAUGAAUGAAUGAUUGAAGAUGAUCAUUAAUUUGAGUCGGAAAACGAAAAUGAGCUUGCACAUUGACAAAAAAGCAAACAAAAAAAAGAGAAAACAAGUGAACUCGUACACCAAAAAAAAAAAAAAAGAAAAGGUAAGACGAUCUUGAAAGUUGUACAGUUAGUCUAAAGAAAAAAAAAUCAUAGAAAUUCGAUUAGUGUAGAUUGGUUCUAAUGAUCAGUGAUGGUUUUUAUCCAAUAGAUUUGAUUAU